AUGAAUAAGUUGCCUGAAGAACUUCAAGUGGAAAUUGCAAGUAACGUGGAAACACCAUUUUUUCUUGGAUGCUGCUCACGCCAUUGGUGCAAAAUAGUAAAUUUGCCACAUACAAAGUAUAAAUGGCUUUUCAAUAAAUACGGCCGUAUUCAUACAUUGUUCCACGCUGUAAGAAUCGGUCAACCAUUACUUAAUCUUGAGUUAACUAAGCUUAUACUAAAUAAUACUCAUAUCAGUCGAUACUUUGUUCAACAACUCAAACUUUGUUAUGGAAAACGCGGCUUGUGGGGUAGCAAUAUUUCCAAUGAUGUAUACGAGCUUAUUAUUAAUUUUAAGGCGGAAUAUGGAAGCGACAACCGUGAUGAUAUGCAGUCAAUCCGUCAACUGUUAGAAGAAACUGGAAACAAAGACGAUGAUAUUACAACAAUAAUUGAAAAACAUGGCUUCACACCUUUUCCGCCUAGUUCCCUUUUCAGAACAUACAUAUUCGAUAAUUUUGCUAAACGCGAAAAUGAUCUGCUUCCAAACGGAUACGCAACAGCUUCUGGAUUGACGAUCGUGGCUAAGGCGAUAAUCACUUAUCCAAAUUUGUUGAAUGUCUGGAGGAAAAUGGGUCAUCAUGAAAUUAUCACGGAUUUGGAGAACCCUGUUGUGCAACUCACCCUACUAGAUCUUUAUUCUACCGGUGUUCCUUCAGGACAAGCAGUUGCUGAGAAACUAUGCAACUUACAAUCAAUUGGAUUUCCACUCACCGACACUCUGAUUGGAAAUGCUCUACUGCUUUUAUUCAAACGGAGAUUAAUCGUUGUCGGAGAGAGUCUCAUUGAAGGCUUUUCCAUUGCUCGGAAAAUGUCCAAGGCGGAUGUGCUUGAAAUGUGCCUGAUAGAAUUGCUUGAUCCGUCAAGAAAUCUUGAACAAAAUGACACACUGAAUUAUAUUAUCAACUCGGUUAACGAUCCCGAAAAGCAAAUUCUUUCCGCAUUUAAAAAGUACAGUAUUGUCGAAGGUGUCAAUAACCCAUCCCAAUCUCACACAUCUCUUAAGUACUCACUUGUAGUAUAUCGAUACAUGUUAAGGUUCGGUGCAAAGUCUCCAGCUAUUAAAUACUUGAUGAAAGAAAUUAUGAUUGUCCAUACGCGGCUCGCCGAUACAGAGGAUAUAGACAAAUUGAGAGAUGCAGAUACUAUCCUUGACGAAUAUUAUACCGCAAAUGUACCUUUUGAUCGAUCACUUUUACCGCUGUUCAAAGAAUGCUCGCGCGCAAAACCAAUUGGCUAUUUAUUUGAAGGAUAUCUCCCAGCAUUGUUUGGAUCCGAAGUCCAAAUUCAACCAUUUAUGACAUUCCAAAUUUCGGAAGUAGAUGCACUCGCAUCAUCCACACAUACAAAAGAGUUGCAGCGACUUUGGUUGGAAGACAUUCAAAAAUGUAUCCAAUCUGAGGAAUUAAUAAAUGAUGAGUUUAAAACGCAGGCAACAGAGUUUUUUACUCUUUACAGUAUUAAUAUGGCGUUUUGGUUAUGA